AUGUUAACAAAAUUAAAUAAACAAGUUAUACAGUAUGGAAUACUUAUUAUAAGUUUAUUGGUGAUAAUAUCUGGAGGUUCAGUCCUUAUCUAUUUUGUCUUAACUAAUAAACAAGCGCCAAAGAAUGUGGCAAUUUAUCUUCCGAACGACACAAGCGACUCAACUAUCACAAAUGCUUGUCGUAAUUUUUACCAGUUUGCAUGUGGAGAAUGGGAAAACCAAAAUCCUUUGAUUAGUAAAGACGCUAGUUUGAAUACAUUUAGUAAAAUGGAAAUAAUGACCGAUCAUUACUUCUGGAAAACAAUUGCUGAUGAGUCCUACGACAUAGAAGAUUCACAUCUACAAAUUGCUCGAAAGUUUUACAAAUCUUGCGUAUUCACUCGUAACUUGAAAACAGCCCAAUUAGCUUAUCAAUCAUUAAUACGUGAUCUAUUUGGUGGAUGGGAACUAAUACCAUCUAUUUCAACAGACAUUAAAGUAAUGGAUCUAACUGAUUUACUUCUACCAAUAAUAAGUCAAACUGGCAAUUCAAUUUUAUUUUCAAUAAAUAUCAAGGGACAUAUAUUCCCCAUAAAUAUUUCACCAGGUCAGAUAGCGUUAAAUCCUGCUUCAAAAGAGACUGAUAUAGAUAAAUUCGAAGAGCAUUACUACAAGCUCGCAUUUGGAAUGGGAGUACCUCAUUUUAAGAAAUCACAGUUAAUGGACGCUUUUCAAAUGUUGGUCGAUUUAAGCAAUAAAAUAUCAGUUCCACAAGGACUUCAUGUGAGGGAAUUAAAUGAAAUUAUUUCAAUUGAAGGACUGAAAUCCAUUUGUCCUCAGAUCAAUUGGAGUUAUUUCUUGAAAAAAUUACUACAACAAACUGGAUAUGAAAAAUAUGAGAAACUAUCAUUUCAUAUAGAAGGACGAUAUGAACUUAAUCAUCGUUGCAAAUUAUUUGGUGAUGUAAUGAAAACAGAAAGAGAUAAAAGUGCACUUCGUACAAUCAUUAUUAUGGAUUUUUUGAUGCAUCAAUUGUUGCAAUCGCUGACCUUCAGUCCCACUGGAACAGAUAAUAAUGCGUAUUCAUCUUCACAACCACAUUUUGAUGAGCAAUGUAUAAAUCGGUUGAAGGAUGGAUUUCCAUGGACACUUGAAAGACAUUAUAUCCGUUCGCAUGUAAACGAAACACACAAAACGGAGGUGAUCAAUAUGUUUAACGAAAUUAAACUCACUGUAAUCGACUCAAUAUCAAAACUCAAAUGGUUUCAAAACUGGGCAUAUUUGCCUUGUACUCCAAUCAAAAUGCUUCUCAACAAAAAGAAAAUCUCUCAACAGUAUUCCAAAUCUCCUUUAGAAUCACCGAUCUUUACAACCAGCGCUUACUACAAAAUGAAUGAAAACCGUAUUUAUGUGAAUGUUGGAAUGUUGCGACAUCCACUUUAUUAUGAAAAUGGUAGUUUAGCUUCAAAAUUUGGAGCACUGGGUUGGAUUAUAAGUCAUGAAAUUAUGCACGCCAUAGGUAUCCAAGGUGUACUGUUAAAUUCAGCUGGUACUAGUCACACUGGUUUGCCUGGGAUUAUGUUAUCAGCUGAGAUAGAAACUAAAGCUUCAUGUAUUAGUGAUCAAUAUAGACUUUAUGAAUUUACCGAUUACAAAGCCCUUAAAACCGACACACGAGAUGAAAUUUUAGCCGAUAUUGGAGGUUUAAAAGCGUCUUACUAUACGUACAGGCGUUUAUAUGAGAAGUAUUCUAAUAGUGUUAAUCAAGAUUAUAAUCUCUCUCUUAUAUCUGAUCAAUCGUUCUUUCUCUCAUUUGCACAAUCUCUUUGUGGACAUCAUAAUGGAACUUCUCUUUUAAUACAUUCAGUAGUUGUUCCACAUGUAGUGGAAAGAUAUAGAGUAAUCGGGGCGUUGGUUAAUAGCAAAGAAUUCGCACGUGCAUAUGGUUGUCCAGUUGGUUCACCAAUGAAUCCUGAUACGAAAUGCGAUAUAUGGUGA